AACAUUGAAAUGAAAAUAUUUCCAAUUUGAAUAUAGAUCUUACUUUCAAAAAAGAAUGAACUGAUAUAAGUCCGAGAGCUAUGAACAACUGUUCAGAUUCCUCAUUAAUAUAUAUUCCAUUCACAUAAGUUAUUAUUGGAAUUGUAGUUUCAAUAUCCAGAGAGUAGUAUUCAGAUUCAUCAACAUUAGUUUACAAUAUGGCAUAAUUCACAUUUGGUACCGUUGUCAUGUCAGUUACUAUGUUUAGUUCACAUACUUUAUUCUAGCUUCUGGACAGACCAAUUUAUCCAUUCUACUAGUCACGUUUUGACAUUAUUACUUAUUCACUUAUCUACCCUGACUGUUUUUAUAUGAGCGUGUGUGCGUAUGUGUGUACAUCUUAUCCUAUGUCAGUAACUUACUUUUAUCUGACUAUAAGUAUUGAUUUACGCUUGGCUAAAUGGAGUUGACUUACACGCCUUCUCCACUGCGCAUCCUUUCAUUUUGUUUCACUCUCCUCUAUUCGCUCCGUUCCUCUGAUUGUCUGUCCAAAUCAAUGAUUGUACAAAAUAUACGUAUUCAAAACUUCAUUCACGUAUUUAACUUAUUUAAUUCCGUUAUUUAUCAACGCAAGUUAAGUCGAUAGUAAUAUACGAGAAUAGCGAGAAUAUAUAUUUCGAUAACAAUCAUUCAAUAGCAAUCAACAUAUGAUCUAAAUGGAGUUAGAUCACGGGCCACUAAACCAUUUAUGGAUUAUAGUGCUUCGAAAACGUCAUCACUUUGAUUAUGAUCAUAAAUCGAUUGAUGUUAGAUUACCAUUCAAAACUUGGAAGCACUGGAAGACCAUUUGAUUCUAGUAUGAGACUCCUCAUCAGUGUACAUCCACGAUCUCUCUAGCGAGAUUCGAACUUAAGACCUUUGGUCACGUGCUCGAACACUUAACCUCUAGACUACUGAGUUGGCAUCCACAACCCAAUGCUGAUAAUUACCAUGUACCCACAAGAAACUAGCUUCUCAGAAUUCUAGUGAGAAACCAUGACCAGUGAAGUUAAUCCAUAUCAGAUAGAGGGAGGUGCCUACUUCAGUACAAUAGAAGAUAAUAGUGCAAUUUUGUGGAUUGAUUGAGGUAAGACAAUAAAAUCGUGAAAUGUAAACUUAGUGGUCUAGAAUUUAACCAUUCUCGCAUGCAAGACAGAAAGUCCUAGGUUUGAAUCCCGCGAGCAAGAUCGUGAAUACUCACUGCUGAGGAGUCUCAAAAAAGGACGAAACGGCCGUCCAGUGCUUACAAGUUUUUAAUAGUCGUCUAUCAUCAAUCGAUUCAUAAUCUCAAUCAAUAAAUUAAUAAUCUCCACAACCCCAUACUGAUAAUUACCAUAUACUCACUAAUGACCAGCUUCGUGAGGGAAUUCUUAGAAUCCUAGUGAGAGACCAUAACCAGUGAAGUUAAUCUAUAUGAGAUAGAGACAGGUACCUACAUCAGUACAAUGGAAGAUGUUAGAGCAAUUUCGAGAUUAAACAUUAACAUUAUCAACUCAAUGGUCUAAAGAUUCAACAUUCGUACACUAGACCGAAGAGUCUGGGUUCGAAUCCCGUGAACAGGAUUCUUAAAAGAACUUUUUGUAAAUCAUUAAAAUAUCAAUAAAACAACAACAACACAUAUAUAUAUAUAUACAAUAUACAAUUAAUCCAUGUGAUUUCAUAUUACAUAAUAAUGUAAAUCAAUUGUAAUUAAUAUUUCCGGUCUAAUUUCUAGAACAAUAACUAUUAUUGGUAAGGAUUUCUAUGUUAACAAAAGCAAUCACCAUAUUUAUAUAUUGGGGAUAGAAUAUACCUUGGAGACAUGAGAAAUAACUAAUUGUAUAUUAUAUAUAAAUGAUAUCAAUGUUUAAAAGGAAAUGAAUUAGACAAUGAUAAAUUGUUAUUUUGUGGUUCAUUAUAGUGAGUUUAGUUGUCCGUUUCCAACACCUCCCUCACCCCCCCCCCGGCAGAAAAAUUGGAAAAGUAUUUAUUGAACUGAAGGAAAUGGUAGCUAAAAUCUUAAUAAAACGAUAUAUUACAUUGUGGUUAUUAUGUUUACUGAAAUCUUUUAUUAAGUAGUUUCUGUAUAGAUUUGAUUUAAUCUGUAAAUGCUGUUUAUUAUAAAUUGAUUUCAAUUGAGAGGCCAUUUUAUUCCAGCAUAGGUCCUUAAAGAAGUACAUAGAAGUACAAUUCUACCUAAAUACUCAACAUAGAACAUUCUAUUUUUAUGAUGAAUAUUCAUUAUGGGUUUUUUGUGAUUAACCUUACUAUUGUAGUGAAUGAGAACAUAAAUGAGGGAACAAAAUUACAGAAUCUCUUAGUAAAAUUUGAGAACCAUUUAGUAAUGUCAUUCAAUUGUGUCAUACUUUAUUGUUCUUUGGUUUCCAUACUAAUCACUCUUUGUUAUUGUUCUCUUUUCUUUGAUCUUCUUAACCAUCUACCUUUAAGUAUUUCACUUUCGACUGAUGAUAUAUACUACUUAUAUCUGUCAAUAUCAGUAGCACAUCUCACCUUACUAAUUUAAUAUUCAGAAUCUUUUAACAUAAAAUAUGAAUAUGAAUAUAUGCGUGCAUUUAUGAAUCUGCAAAACUCUACCUGGAAACCAUCUGGGGUUAGUGCUGGUCUCAAGCCUGGAUGAAACAGAAGAGUUAGGCAUGGGGUUAGUAACUCCAUCCUUAGUGUAAGACUCCUCUUCAGUACAUAUUCAAGACUCAAUCAUUGGUCGAACCUAGGAUGUAUAUAUCACGUAAUGAUUUUCUAAAAUCUAAGCUAUAAAGCUGAAAUACAAUAGUAUGGGUUUAUAUUUCUUUGUUUAUUUAUUCAAACACACAAACAUUAGUACAAAAAAGGUAUCAAAUAGAUAUACUUCACAUAAAUCAUUCGAUUUAUGUGAGGAUGGAAUACUGUCCGGGUGCCAAAACCAAAGUAGGUGGUUUUCUUAAGAAGUCACACCCGAAGACUCUGACCUAAAGGUGUAAUCCACAAGGCAGGGGAGCAACGUAAGGAGAUAUAGUCACAGGGUAGUCGGUGACCAACAAUAAGUUCAUACACCAUUCAUCCCAUCAGGAUCAUCGAGUCGAUGUUCACCAUUGGUUUGGAAUGAAAGUUUCUCAACUCCUCUAGGUGGAUCCUCCAUGUCCACCAAUCCGGUGAAAGCGCCGGACAUCCGCUUAUUGUUCUCUCAAUGUCGUAAACAACAGUAAUGCCGCGAGAAUGCAGUGAGUAAGACUUCCCUGUCAGUUGUUGUAUGCACGUGGCCAUUUGAGAGCAUUUGUCAAGGGAGAUCUGAAUCUCCCUACUCUCGAUUAUACCAGGGCAUUUUCAGGCUUCUAAAAUUCAAUCCUUUAUCUAGUUGUACUGAUGAUGACUAUUUCACUUCUGACACAACUAUGCUCUACCAUUUAUGAACGCUCAUUAGAACCUGAGAAACUCGUCUUAAACUAAAACCCUACUGAAUACACGACUAUAGUUUUCUUCUCGAAAGAUGUUAACAGAAAUAGAUUUAAUUCAUGAAUGAUAUAUUACAAUGAUUUGACCUGUGUAUUGUGUGUGUGUGUAUGUGUGUAUUUAUUACUUUUGAAUUCCAUACUGAAACAAUGUAAAUAUUCAAUAUCCCAAUGAGACUACAAUUUAUGAAGGACUUUCGAGUGACGCUAGAAUAAUGAUCUUGAGAAUGUUCAUCUAUUUACUACGAUUAAAUGAGAGUUAUAAACCAAUGAGAUGAAUUCGGAUUAUGAUUUACAGUUAAUGGUUAACGGUGCCAAAACUCUAUUUGACGAAACUAUAAUUUAUGGAUGAACCAGUCAAGUAUACGAUAACAAGCCUUAGAUUUUCGUAUGAAAUUCACUCAUCCAUUUUGGCUAAAUAAAGCAAUGACAUUUAAGCUGAUGUCAGUUUGUGAUGAAAACCUUAAUCAUCAAAUAUAAAUCAUAAUCUAUAUACUUCAAACUGUUUUAUAAUAUUCAUUUGAUUCUAGUUAUUAACUGAACACUCUCAAAGUCACAUUAACGUCACUCAUAGGUUAUUCAUAUAUUAUUAUCUUAUUCAUUAUUUGAAUCAAUGAAUUUCGCGCCAAAAUUCCAAAUACGUUUCCUCAAAUCUGAUUGGUUCAUUUAGAAAUGAUUAUUUUACCGCUAUUUUUCCUUUUUGUUUACAUCAAUGAAAUGUAUAAUUUCACUGAUGUUUUCCUUCUUCUUAUUCUUCUCUUACUUGAUUAGAUUGUUUGAUUAAAUCCAAAAAAAAAACAAAAAAAACAAAAAAAAAUUAUGGGAAAUUUUGUUGGACCAAGAAAAAAAUUAUCAAGAGAAGAUUUAACUUUUCUUAAAGAGAAUACACAUUUUACUAAACGACAAAUUAAACAAUGGUAUAAUGGAUUUAUACGUGAUUGUCCAUCAGGUCAAUUAAGUAAAAAAAAAUUUAUUGAAGUUUAUUCAGGUUUUUUUCCAGAUGGUAAUGCUGAAAAAUUUUGUACUCAUGUAUUUCGUACAUUUGAUAAAGAUAAUUCUGGACGAAUUGAUUUUAAAGAAUUUUUAUUAGCUAUUAAUAUUACAUCAGGUGGUGAUCCAGAAGAGAAAUUAGAAUGGGCUUAUCAAAUGUAUGAUAUUGAUGGUAAUGGUACAAUAGAACGAACUGAAAUGAUUGAAAUUAUAAGAGCUAUUUAUUCAAUGCUUGGUACAGAUAAUACAGCUGUUGAUAUUAGUCCAGAAGCUAGAGCUGAAGAGAUAUUUGAAAAAAUGGAUGAAAAUGGUGAUGGUGUAUUAACACGUGAAGAAUUUAUGAAAGGAUGUAUGGAAGAUAGUCAACUUAAAGCUAUGCUAUUAGCUGAUGAUCCCAUUGAAUAA